UUCCAUUCGGCAUCGGAAGCGAUGGUUAAAGCCGGGUUUACUAAAACUGCAAGGCCAAGCGCAUUUGGGAAGGAAGGCCUGGUCUAGACCUGCCGCAGAAUGGACCGGGGAAACGGACUGUAGCACUUCGGACUGCAGCCUAGGAAGAAAUUCCCCUUGUAAAUCAAAAUGGUCUCCCGAGGAUGGCCUUAGACCUCCAGUGGCCUCUGACAGCAAGUCUUCCUCAUAAGCUUUGGGGAAGGGUCAUCUGCUUCAGGGAAUGUAAGAGGCAGAAGUUGGGCCUUUUCUUCCUUUGUGUUUUUAGGAAGACCGGGACUUGGAGAAUAAAGAUUUUCUGCCUCAAACUGAUCUGUCAGAGAGGGAUCUUCACUUGCUCUUGUUCUGGAUUUUUUAAAGGAGAGAGGCACAAGAGAAAGCUAUGGAGCAAACCUCUGCAGGCCCAGAACUUGAAAAAGGAGCCGGAAAAACAAACAGCACAAUUGAGCCAGAAGAGAUGGUGGAACGGUCUAGAUGGAAAGCACUACAUGAAUGUAAAGAGGAGCCAUACAAGGGUCUGCGCCAGCACUGGGAAGCUCAGUGGCAGGAAUUCUUGACGGGUCUGGAUUCUCCUCAUGCAGGGUGGGAGAAGGAUCCUAACCCUUGGGAGGAUACCAAGGCCUUCCUGACCUCCUUCGAGCAAGUGGCCCAAGCCUGCCAGUGGCCCAGGGAAGAGUGGGCGGCACGGCUCCUGCCGGCGCUAAGUGGAGAAGCCGAACAGGCCUUCCACAGCCUGGAAGCCAGAGACAGGGAAGAUUAUGGGAAAGUGAAGGAGGCCAUCUUGUGUGGGGAAGCUAACCGCAUGGAAACCCUGCGCCAGCACUUCAGGCAGUUCCGCUCCCGGGAAGUUGAAGACCCGAGACGGAUUUACAGCCAGCUGCGGGAUCUUUGCCGCCAGUGGUUGAGGCCGGAGAGGCACUCGAAGGAGCAGAUCCUGGAGCUGCUGAUCCUGGAGCAGUUCCUGGCCAUCCUGCCACCGGAGCUGCAGGGCUGGAUCAGGGCAGGUGGCCCUGAGAAUUGCACCCAAGCUGCAGCCCUGGUGGAGGAUUUCCUGUUGAGCCAGCAAGGGAGGCCCAAGACAAAGAAAUGGCCGGGGCCAUUGCAGGAGGUGUGCCUGGGUUCCCUGGAUGCAGAGAUGAAGCCCCCAGACCCUGUGCAGAGACAGAUCUACAAAGACACCGAGCAGAGCAGCAGCGGGGUGAUCAGUUCUCCAGGCCAUAGACCUGAAUGUUCUGGUUUGCCCCCUUCAUUGAUACCCCCGGAAGGACAGGAGACAGCUAAAGGUGAACGGGCCAAGGCACACAUGAAACUCAAGGAGACAGGCGUAUCUUUGCACGUGGUUGAGGAGGCUUUGACACAGCCAAGCCAAAGGACCAUCUUUUGGCAUGUCCUGCAGGAGGAUGGUGGGAAUGCAAAUACCUUGGGUGAUGGGAGUAGAAGACAGCUCAAGGUGGGGAAUUCUUCCUGUGAAAGAAAUGAGCCAGAAGUAACUCCUGGGUUGGACCCGGAAAUGACCCAAGGAAAUUUGCUGAUGCCGGCUGAGAUACUCAAGGAAACAUCUUUUAAGCAGAUGCUUCAGAACAAAGGCAUGACGGUGAUGUCUGUUGGUCUUCACUCGGCAUCUGGUAUUUGGAGAUUUGCAGGUGUAGAGCCAGCAGCAAAAAUGAUGAUGGAGCAAAAUUCUGCAGGCCCGAAAGGAGGAGCGGUCCAGGCAAUUCAGCCUGAAUAUCUGGCAGAGCAGCCCAGAUGGAGAGCGUGGCAAGAGGGCAGGGAGGAACCAUGCUGGGAACCCCAAUGGAAGGAGUUUCUGAGGGGGCUGGAGUCCUCUCAUGCAGAGUGGAAGAAGGAGCCCAGCCCCUGGGAGGAUGCCAAGUCCUUCCUGGCUGCCUUCGAGCAAGUGGCCCAAGCCUGCCAAUGGCCCAGGGAAGAGUGGGCGGCCAGGCUCCUGCCAGCACUCAGUGGAGAAGCCCAGCGGGCUUUUGGUGGCCUGGAGGCCAGAGACAAAGAGGAUUAUGGGAAAGUGAAGGCGGCUAUCUUGUGUGGGGAAGCCAACCGCAUGGAAACCCUGCGCCAGCACUUCCGGCAGUUCCGAUCCCGGGAGGUAGGAGACCCACGACGGAUUUACAGCCAGCUGCAGGAGCUUUGCCGCUCAUGGCUGAGGCCAGAGAGGCACUCGAAGGAGCAGAUCCUAGAGCUGCUGAUCCUGGAGCAAUUCCUGGCCAUCCUGCCACUGGAGCUGCAGAGCUGGAUCAGGGCUGGCUACCCCGAGAAUUGCACUGAAGCUGCAGCCCUGGUGGACGAUUUCCUCAUGAGCCAGCAAGAGGCCAAGGCAGAGAAAUGGCAGGGGCCUUUGCAGGAGAGCUGGCUGCAGUCCCAAAAAGCAGAAGUAGAGCUGCUGGGCUCUGCCCAGAGAGAGAUGUACAGGGAAGCCAAGCAGAGCAUCCAGGGAGAGAUGAAGUUCCUUGGCAAGGAAACCAAAUGGAAAAGUCUCUCCAGUUCACAGUUUCCGCCUGAAAAGCAGGAAAUGGCUGCCUCUGGGCAGACCGAGGGACCGAUGGACCUCAAGAAGUCAGGUGCGUCGAUGCCCACGGAGGAGCAGGCUCUGAUUCUACCCCGCCAAAAGACCAUGUUCUGGCAAGUCCUGCCAGGGGAUGGGAGGAAUGCAGAGUGUUCAGAGAGGCUUUUAGUUCCUAGACCUGACCUAUCCACCCUUCCAGAAAAAAAGGAAGUGCUGUUCAAUCAAGUCCCAGAGGAAACAGAGAGACUCCCAGGCCGUGAUUCAGGUGAUGGAAAGAGAGGUCCAAUCAAAAAGGAAUACUUGCAAAUGGGCCCCGAGGAGACACAAGAGAAAACAUCAGAAGUAACUCAUUGGAGUAUUCUUGGGAGAUAUGAAGUUCCUAAGCAGAGGCGUGAGUCCAGUUGGCAAGAGAAGAAGCCAGCAAGGAGAGAAAAUGAAUGCAGCCAGCUCUCAGAAGGUAUAAAUAAAACAAGCCCUGUUCACAGAGAGAGAAAGAAGCCCUUGUUCUCCAAGUAUGGGAGAAAAUAUCGUUACAAACCAGGAAUUGUUCUGAUACAUCCUGGCGAGAACCACUUAGAAUGCCCCACAAUGGGGGAAAACAUCCAGCAAAUAGGAUGCCUUGAUAAACCUCAGAGAAUCUAUGUAGAUGAGAAGCGAUACGAAAUCUCUGAGUACAGGAAAAUAGAGGGCAUGAUUGGACAUCAAGGUAAUUGUGUAGGAGAGAGACCUUAUCAGUGUCCUGAUUGCGGGAGACGCUUCAGUUGCAGAAUGUCAUUAGAGAAUCACCAUGGUCUUCACACUGAAGGCAGACCCUAUGAAUGUUCUCAUUGUGGGAAAUGGUUCCGGCACAGAACGACAUUGGGGAAACAUCAGAAGCUUCAUACCAGAGAGAGAGUACACGAAUGCCUGGUGUGUGGGAAGCUCUUCAUUUCUAAUGCUGCGUUAAUGACUCAUCAGAGAAUCCAUACAGGAGAGAAACCAUACAAAUGUCCUCCGUGUGAGAGAACCUUCACUACAAAAGGAGAAUUAACAAGACACCAGAGAAUCCAUACCGGGGAGAGACCCUUUGAGUGUUCUCAGUGCGGGAAGGGCUUCAUGCGGAGAGAACAUUUGGUGACUCACCAGAGAACCCAUGCGCGUAACUGUUCAAAUAACCUGAAUAAAUAAAUUGAAGCUGCCUUGCAUAGAGCUUCCUAGAGUCUUAUAUAAAUUGUUCAGGUGUCCAAAAUGUGAGAGAAACUUCUCUGGAUGAGACCUGUUAAGGAGUCAUUAGAGAAUUCACAGGAAAAAAGAAUCAUAGAAUCAUAGAGUUGGAAGGGGCCAUACAGACCAUCUAGUCCAACCCCCUGCCCAGUGCAGGAUCAGCCUAAAGCAUCUCUGACAAGUAUUCAUCCAGCCUCUUCUUGAAAACUGCCAGUGAAGGGGAGCUCACCACCUCCCUAGGCAGCUGAUUCCACUUUUGAACUACUCUGACCGUGAAAAAGUUUUUCCUAAUAUCCAGCCGGUACCUUUGUGCAUGUAGUUUUAGCCCAUUGCUUCGCAUCCUACCCUCUGCUGACAACUGGAACAGCUCUUUGCCCUCCUCCAAAUGACAGCCUUUCAAAUAUUUAAAGAGAGCAAUCAUGUCCCCCCUCAACCUCCUCUUCUCCAAAGUAAACAUUCCCAAGGCCCUCAGCCUUUCCUCGUAGGGCUCAGUCUCCAGACCCCUGAUCAUUCUUGUCGCUCUCCUCUGCACCCUCUCGAUUUUGUCCACAUCCUUUUUGAAGUGAGGCCUCCAGAACUGCACACAAUAUUCCAGGUGUGGCCUGACCAAGGCAGUAUAGAGAGGGGCUAUGACCUCCUGCGAUUUCGAUGCUAUGGCCCCUUUGAUACAACCUAGGAUUGAAUUAGCCUUUUUUGCCACCACAUCACACUGACUGCUCAUGUUCAGUUUACAGUCCACUCUUACCCCAAGAUCCCUUUCACAUAUACUACUGCCCAGAAGUGUAUCCCCCAUCCAGUAUUUGUGCUUCCCAUUUUUGUGGCCCAGAUGUAAUACUGUGCACUUGUCUUUGUUGAAUUGCAUCCUAUUCACAGCUGCCCACUUCUCCAGAGUAUUCAGGUCUUGUUGAAUUUUAAUUCUAUCUUCUUGGGUGUUUGCUACUGCUCCCAAUUUGGUAUCAUCAGCAAAUUUAAUGAGCAGCCCUUCCACUCCUUCAUCCAGAUCAUUGAUAAAAAUAUUGAAAAGUACCGGGCCCAAAACCGAGCCCUGUGGCACCCCACUAGACACCUCCCUCCAAUCUGAUGAAAGGCUGUUGACCACCACUCUUUGAGUGCUGUCCUCCAACCAGUUCCCUAUCUACCGAACUGUCCUAUAGUCCACUCCACAGUCUUCCAGUUUACCCAUCAGAAUGUCAUGGGGGACCUUAUAAAAAGCUUUACUGAAAUCCAGAUAAAUCACGUCAACAGAGUUCCCCCGAUCCAGUAAGCUGAUCACUCGAUCAAAGAAGGAAACCAGGUUGGUCUGGCAAGAUCUGUUAGGAACAAAACCAUGCUGACUUCCCCGGAUCACUGAGUGGUCCUUCAGAUGCUUACAGAUUGAUCCCUUUAAAAUCUGUUCUAAUAUCUUCCCAGCAACAGAAGUCAGACUGACCGGCCUGUAGUUUCCCGGGUCAUCCUUCCUCCCUUUCUUAAAGAUUGGGAUAACAUUCGUUCUUCUCCAAUCUUGUGGCACAUCCCCAGUCCUCCAGGAGACCUUGAAGAUGAUGGACAGGGGUUCUGCAAGUUCUCUGGCAAGUUCUUUCAGCACUCUUGGGUGCACCCCAUCUGGCCCAGGGGAUUUGUAUUCAUCCAGUGCAGCCAGAUGCCUCUCCACAACCUCUCUGUCAAUUUCAAUUAGCCACUCAGGUGUCCUGCCACAUUUUCUACUAUCUCUAGAUGUGCCUGAGUUCUUCAGGGAGAAAACAGAAGCAAAAAAGUCAUUAAGCCUGUCUGCUUUUUCUCUGUCCUGCAUCAGAGUUUCUCCAUCUACUCCCAAGAGCGGUCCAAUUGCCUCUUUUACCUUGCGUUUGCUUCUCACAUAUCUGUAGAAGUUUUUCUUAUUGUAGAGAGCCCUCCUGGCCAGACCCAGCUCGUACUGAGCUUUGGCCUCUCUGAUGGCUGAUCUGCAGUACCUAGUAACCCUCAUAUACUCCUCUUUUAGAGGUCUGUCCUUCUCUCCAUUUCCUGAACCUUUUCCUUUUUCUCCCUUAGCUUAUUAUGGAGCUCUCUGUGCAUCCACAUCGGUUUCUUGGAGCCCUUACCAUGUUUCCGUCUUGCUGGGAUAGUGAGGGCUUGAGCUUGCAAAAGCUCGUGUUUGAGAAUGUCCCACCCUUCACUCGCUCCUUUCCCUUCCAGCACACUCCCCCACGGAAUGACUCUCAUCAAGCCUCUGAGUUCAUCGAAAUUGGCCCUACGAAAAUCUAACCUACGAGUCUGGCUAUGAACUUCCUUGGCUCCCCACAGCAACUGGAAUUCAAGAAGGACAUGGUCACUUCCCCCUAAGGUCCCCACCACCUUCAUCUCAUCUACCAAUUCUUCCCUGUUGGUUAAUAUCAAGUCUAGAUUAUCAAUAGUCCUGACACCAGGGGCAGUAUUUGAUUGAACAUUGGGAGAUUCAUACAGGGCAGGAAACUUAAGGAUGCCCCCAAAUAUAGGCAAAAGUCACAGGAGUACACUAGUUAACUCCCAAAGAAUCCAUGUAGGGCAUUAACAGAGUUUAAACUAUAGAAGUUCAGUUGUCUACAGAAAAUCUCCAUUAGCAAAUACUGCCUUUUUAUGCCCCAGGCAAGAAUCCAAAGGACAAAGAAAUAUCAGAUGACUUGGCCAUGUAAUUUUUACAUUUCAAGGAUGUCAGCUGACAUGAUCAAAGAGCAGAAAAUCUCACAGGCGCUAUUGAUCCUCCCCCCCUCCCCCCAGUGUUAUCCUGCUACAUAUGUUGCUGGUUGUGUUGUUUGCUUGUUUUCAGUUUCAUUUUUCUGUUACUUGUGUUACUUGAAAUACUGAUUUCUUUCCAUAUUUUUUUCUCUUGCAUGUUUAUAUUUUGAAAUCUUCAGGUGAGCCACUUUGGAUUUUUUUAAGGGAAAAAAGAGCUAAAUAAAUGAAUUCUGCUCACAGCCAAGCUGAGUAAACAUAUGAAAAAUAAAAAUCCGAAAUGCUUUA